AUCGUACAAACAAACAGUGUUGCGUCGACCUCCGGCGGCGGCAGACAAGUGAGCGCGCGCGCGGAUGGAUUUCUCAGGCAGAGUUGUCAUAGUGACUGGAGCCAGCUCCGGCAUCGGCGCUGCAACCGCCAAAUUGUUCGCCGAACACGGUGCCUUGCUCACGAUCGUCGGCAGAAACGAAACCCGACUCCUAAAUGUCGCCAGAGAAUGUGAAAGCUGUAGAGGGCACAGACCAUUAUGCAUACUCUUGGACUUGACUGGAUCCAACAGCUGCGAAGAAGUGGUCAGAAAGACGGCUGAAACCUACAAACGGAUCGACGUGCUUGUUAAUUGUGCCGGAAAAUUGACUGUGACUUCUCUGUUCGACACUACAAUGGAAAUUUUCGACGAAUUAGUUGCAUUAAAUUUGCGUGUGCCGUACAAGCUGACACAGCUGUGUUUGCCGCAUCUGAAGAAGACAAAAGGGAAUGUUGUGAACGUUUUCAGCGCACCGAUGAGGUCGAGACCAGGAUUCUUGCCGUUCCACAUGAUCAGAGAUGCGUUGGAAAGGUUCACGAAGUCCGGAGCUUUGGAAAUGGCGUCCGAAGGAGUCAGGAUGAAUGCCGUCCGUCCAGGGAUAACGAGGACAAAUUUCAUAACGAAUUUCAAUGUAGAUGAUGAUGCAAUAGACCUGGUAUAUGAAAGUAUUUCUAGUUUAGUACCAAAUAGAGUUAUAAUUGAGCCAGUAGAGAUUGCUAGAAUGAUUCUAUUCACUGCAAGUGACGCGUGUCCUAAUUUGAGCGGUUCGAAUGUAAUAGUUAAUGGAGCAGCUGACAUAUGAAUCAAAUUAUGUACAAAAAAGUAAACAAUUGAAAUUUUGACGUGUAGGUAUAUAUUUAUGGGUGUGGGUAAACAGAUAUAUUAAAAACAGGAAGCUGUGAAUGCGAGUCAUCGUGACAUUGUGUUAUGCGAUAAUGUAUUAUAGUAUUUAAAAAAAAAAGCAAAGACUGAAUUUUAUUGAAUAAAGUUUUGAGAUAAGAGGUAAUUUGAUUGUGGCCUUACUUGAAGUAUCAGAAAAUAAUGAAAUUACAAAAUUACACUUCGUAAAAUGUUUGUUACAUGAUAGUCUAUAUAUGAUAAAUCCUAUUUCUAUAGGAAUAUCACACGAUACUGUAAUUUCACUCUCAUUAUUAUUCUGUGGUGGAUGGCGCUGAAGACUAAACAUCAUUUUAAGAGUUGUUAACAUGUUAAAACCAUCAACCACUUCUAUUACAAAUGUAUUAAUUACUAAUAACUUUAGGAAAUUUCUUUGUGAAGAGGGGUUUUCGUAAUUUGCCAUUCUGUGUCAUUUUCCAAGCUAGAUAUUAUCAAAAGAGGUAACAAACUUGAGUAGAAAAAUAAAAACAAUUAUCUACGAUCCUAAGGAGUAUAUUUAGAGAAUUCUUUUUAAUUUAGUUAAAUUAUAAUAACAAAUUAAAAUUCCAACAAUAUAAAAUAUCCAGGAAUUAAAAGGGUAUUUCCACGAUUAUAUUUACCUUAAUUUUAAUAAAAUAAUAACUUUACAUAAUAGAAGAACAUCUUAUUUAAAACAUAUCGUUUGAAAUGUUCAAUAUUUUAUUAUUAUUAUAUUUUUCCUAAAUAUUUGAAAAUCAGUAUUAAACUCUGAGCUCGAUUCAGUUCUAAUCAGACCGCCUUGACAGACGUAAACAAUCUUAAAUAUGCAAUCGUCCAUAUAAUCAUAGUGAUAUAAAUAACCGGAGACAUAACAAUUGAUAAAAUUGGUAAUAAAAGACAAAAUAAAAAUGUCGAUAAACAACAGGAUCUGUUUUUUGGACAAAUAUAAAAUGAUAGUUUUAAUUACUUUGAACAGAUUUUCAUAUUAUAAUCAUAACUAUGGAGAAGGCAACUAUUAAUAGUGCCAAGAAAGAAUGUUAUUGUGUUUGUUUCAUUCCACGUAAUGACCACAACAAUCAACCAUGAGGAAUAAGACUAUGAAGAAGAAGAUAUCAUCAUCAUUUUAUAAGGAGAAUGGGCCAGGUUUUAACAACUGCAAAAAUAGCUACGUCCGUGGAUGCUCAGCUUACGAUUUUGAUACACCGAUAUACAAUUUGUAAACUACGACCUCUUCUUGUAUAUUCGUUGAUAUUUGAAAUGGAGUGACAAAAAAUCGAUUAAGCCACAUCGUUCUUCAAAUCAUCGUAUAUUUUCUUUGUAACAUUCAACAAUAAUGACAGCACAGUUGCUAUUUGUUUGGGCACGCUAAUCCCUGGGACUACAGGUCUGUUUUGAAGAAGUUCUACAUAUGUACAGGUUGUCUUAAACUCGAUACAAAUAAAUUCGUUAUUAUACUAGACAA